CUUUUCGCUCGGCGGCUCCACCCCGACGAACCCGACGGUUCGCCGGCCAUGGCAACGCCGCCGCGGCGAACCCCGAAGCCCGACCGCGUCAGCAGGAGGAAGGGGGAGGAGCCGUGGCUUGCGGCGAGCCUUCGCCCGGGGAACUUCCUCCCUGGACUCGCCAUCGGGUUCCUCCUCGGCCUACUCGUGGACCUGUCCUCCUCGUGGAGACCCAAACCCAGCCCUGCGCUGGCUCCGUCUGCCCCGGCGUCGCGGGGCUCUAAGCGGACGGGUGGUUCGUCCUCCGCCGGCGGGGGCACCGGCGGCGAGGAGCUUAAGAUGGUUUUAGUCGUGCGUCAGGACCUCAAGAUGGGGACUGGAAAAAUAGCUUCUCAAUGUGCUCAUGCAGCAACUGGUCUCUAUGCAGAACUGAUGGCAAGCAACCGGGGCCUUUUGAGACAGUGGGAGCAAUUUGGACAGGCUAAGAUUGUUUUGACAUGCAAAAAUCAACAGGAAAUGAAUAGGCUGAAGGAAACUGCGGAACAUCGAGGUAUCCCAACUUUUGUUGUUGCUGAUGCAGGACGCACACAGGUACAAGCUGGGUCUAAGACAGUUCUUGCAGUAGGGCCAGGGAGGAAAGCAGACAUAGAUUCAGUUACUGGGAAGUUGCGUUUACUAUGAUCUGCAUCUCAGACAUGAUAAGCUGAUCCCCUCAAAUGUUCAAACCAUUGUUGGGUUCAGUUGAUGGUAGCACCUUAUGCUUGUAACCCCACUACAGGAGGUCGGAAUC